AGAGAGAGAGAGAGAGAGAGAGAGAGAGAGAGAGAAAGAAAGAGGGAUCAGUUUACCACUGUGACCGGCAAAACCCAACAGUGUGAGUGUGUGUGUGUGAGUGUGUGUGAGAGUGUGUAUGUGUGUGUGAACAGCGUCUCAGAAUCAGCAGCAUGCAGCACGUCCCGGAAGAAUGGACAGAGCCGGAGGAGGAGAGGAAGAGAUCAGAUGGAGGACAGACGGAGCAGACGGAGGAGUGUGAGACACUGAUGAUGGAGCUAACUCGACUCGUCCACAAGACCGUGAGGGACAGCAGCUGGUGGGACAGGAGAGGACUGGACUGCACCAUCCUGGCUUCGGCUUUCAUCAGCCUGCCCAUAGCGUUCCUGCUCUUGUCCUCGUCUCAGGUGUGUUACUUCCUGUUGGGUUUGGUUCUGAUGGGCGUGGCUCAUGCGGUGAUCACGGUGAAGGGAACUCACCUGGCCAGUCAUGGAGCUCUGAGCGAGUCCAGCGCCUGGAGACAGUUCUGGGCCGUCUUCUUCAUCGAGGUGUGUGGAGCGUUCACGGCGAGAGCGGGUGUGAAAGCACACAUUAAGAUGCAUCACGCUCACACGAACGUGAUCGGACUCGGAGACUCCAGCACGUGGAAGAUUCCCUUCCUGCCACGAGGUGUUUAUCUGUUCCUCGCGCCGCUUGCGGUCCCCAUCAUCACGCCUGUCGUAGCCAUGGGGCAGCUGAAAGGCCAGCCUCUGUGCACCGCAGUGCGUACAGUGGUGUGUGUGUGUGUAGGUGUGUGUUCACACUAUGUGCUGCUGCGGUGUGUAUCAGGGUUGGAGUGGAGCUCAGCGCUGCUGGUGAUGCUGCUGAGCAGAGCCAUGUUCUCCAUCCCCUACAUCCACGUCAACAUCUUCCAGCACAUUGGUUUGCCGAUGUUUUCUCCGAGUCGUCGUCCCAAGCGUAUCUACCAGAUGAGCCACGGAGUGUUGAACCUGCCGAGGAACCCGCUGCUGGACUGGACCUUUGGUCACUCGCUCAUCAACUGCCAUGUGGAGCAUCACCUGUUCCCCUCGCUGUCCGACAACAUGUGCCUGAAGGUGAAGCCAAUCGUGUCGCGGUACCUGAAGGUGAAGGCGUUGCCGUAUCAGGAGGACGGUUAUCUCUCUCGUCUUCGUCUCUUCUUCCACAGGUACCAGGAGCUGAUGGUGUUUGCUCCUCCAAUCACUGAGCUGGUGGGGGUGCAGUGACGGAGAACCUCAAGAACCUCCUCCUAAGCAGGACUCUUCAUCUCAUUUCGACUAGCAUAGAGGUUCUUACGAUGAUGCUAACACACACACACACAAUCUGAAGACACUACAGCUUCAUGAACACACCACCUGAUGGACCUUCUGCUGUUGCUUAAAGAGCUACCAAAGACCAGUGUAAAUGUUUAGGGCUCUAGAUAGGGAACAUAAUGUGUAUAGGUGCACCCCCCUCCCCCCAACAUUGACCCUCCCCAGCACUGAAACUCCCUCCAACACUGACCCUCCACCCAGCACUGACCCUCCCUGCCCCCAGCACUGACCCUCCCCCCAAACACUGUCCCCCCAUGCUCUAUCAGUAGACUUGGACUGUUCCUGAAGCUGGUUUCUUUAGCAUGAAGAGAAACUAAAAUGUUGUAUUUCUCUGGAGAACAUCUGAGGAGUCUUCUCCCUAAAGCACAUUUUAACUCCUUACAAUUAAACUGCAAAAAUAAAUUCACUGUUUUCACUGUUUAACUUUAAUCUGUUACUUUUCUUAUCUUUUGCUUAACUGCACUAAACUACUACAGUAGGCUAAGACAACUAGCUAAUGAUUAUCAACAAUAACCACUAGUAACUAACUGAAACUGUCCAUUUUUUUAAAAUGUUCAUGCUAAUUACUUGUGAUGUAAUAACACAACAAAUCCAAAUGAUUGGCUCCAGUCUUUGGUCUUGGACCAAUCACCAGUCUUUAUUUCCCAUUUAUCAGAGACGAAGAAGUGUUUUAUCUGGAUUUUAUUACUAAAUAAAUUAUGAUUUUAAACAAUAAUGUGACUGUAAAAAUAAACGUUCAGGCUACUGCCCCGCCCACAAGAGAUUUGUUUGUAAUAUUCUGCUUAUUUCUGUUUCUAAACAAAACAUCAGGUGAAGCCAAAGACGUUCUUAGAAGAACCUUCUAACAAACACUCUUCUGUUAGCGAGCACAAUCAGCACAUUGUAGCAGACCUGCAGCUAUGCGCUAGGCUAACAGCGCUAACAGAGCUAACUGAGCACUUAUAGAUUUAGGUAUAAAAACAUUUCUGAAUGUUGAAGCUGAACAUUAUAUUUUCUGAGACAGUUAAAGCACUAUUUAUGAUCUUAAAUAAACAU